AUCGUUCCGCGUUUUAUGGUGAACAAAGCAAUAUUUUGAUUUUAAAAGUCUUAGUUUACUUGACAACAAUUGAAGUUCUGAACACAGGAUUGUUCUUAAACAAUUCCGAGGCCAGAGACUGACGUGUAGAGCUGCUUUCCUUAUAGGCCUGCAGAAUUGGUGCAGUUCGGUCUUAUACUUUACUAUAGAUACAACCCUCCUUCUCUUCGCACUAUAUACUCACACUAUGCAAACCUUUAAUUGUUUCACUAAACCCGUGCACUGCACUCACCAACCCGGAGCUGGAACCCUGGAGAAGAAACACGUCCUGCUCAAGGGGAAAGAUGUUCCUGUCUUUGUCCGGGAGGAUUCUAUCUAUACCGGAUACAGGACAACACUCGGAUACACGGAAUGCAUAAAAAGUGUUUUCCGACUUCACAACGAGACUGUGAACAUUUGGAGCCAUUUCCUUGGAUUCCUUUAUUUUGGUUUUCUUCUUUGCAUCAACAUUUUUCAAUCCCAUCCUCACAACAGGAGUUCUGCUGAUCUUAUUGCUGUCUGUAUCCAGCUUGUAACCUAUCAGAUCUGUAUGAUCCUCAGCAGUAUGUUCCACACAUUCCUUUGCCAUAGCGAAAGAGUAAAAUAUAAGUGGAAGGAAGCGGAUCAUUCAGGGAUACUCAUAGCACUUUGGGGCACUUAUACUAGAAUUAUUGUAACAAACUUCUCCUGUUUCCCGUCCUGGUUGCUGUUUCAUCUGCUCCUGGUGACCAUCCUGUUCUCCUUGGUGUUUCUGCAGCGCUGGUGGAACAGGGAGAAGCGGCAAAAGGGCGGGGUGGAGCUAUACCUGUUCCUAGCCCUCUCUAUGUACGCUGUAGCUCCUCUAGCUCAUUGGCUGAGUAUAUCACCUACACUUGUACAUAACAACACGACGGCACAGAAAAUCUUCUGGAUCCUGGUUCCCUACGGAUUGGGUGGUUUAGGACUGUUCUUCUAUAUAUCUCGUAUCCCUGAGAGAAUAGUUCCACCUGGUCAAGUAGAUCUAUGUGGGGCUUCACACCAGCUCUGGCAUAUUUUCAUCCUUGCAGGUAUGGUGUCCUGGUAUGAUUUGACCUGCUGGCUAUCCACUACUCGACCCCAGUCCUGUCAGCUGAUAUCUAGCUUCUAGAAACUUCUGUCAGCUGUUAUGUAGCUUCAAGAAACUCUUGUCAACUGAUGACUACCUUCUAGAAACUUCUGUCAGUUGAUAUCUGGCUUCUAGAAAACCUCUGCAGCUGAAUUUUAGCCUUUAGAAAUCUUAUUUCUAGAAAUGUCUGAUAGCUAAAAUUUAGCUUCUAGAAUCUUAUAAAGAUUAAAUCUGGUUUCUAAAAACUUUUCUUGAAUCUUAUUUCUAGAAACGUCUGAUAGCUAAAAUUUAGCAUCUAGAAUCUUUUAAAGAUUAAAUCUGGUUUUUAAAAGCUCUUUUAAAAUCUUAUUUCUAAAAACGUUUGAUAGCUGAAAUUUAGCUUCUAGAAUCUUUCAAAGAUUAAAUCCGGGUUUUAAAAGCUUUUUUUUAAAUCUUAUUUCUAGAAACGUCUGAUAGCUGAAAUUUAGCUUCUAGAAUCUUUUAAAGAUUAAAUCUGGUUUUUAAAAGAUUUUUUAAAAUCUUAUUUCUAGAAACGUCUGAUAGCUGAAAUUUAGCUUCUAGAAUCUUUUUUAAGUUGAAAUCUAAUUUCCAGAAUCUGUGUCGGUGUUGGGUCAUUUCAUAGAUGGACAUUUUUUAGAUAACAAAUUCAUAGAUAAGACAUUUUACAAACAUUUCAUAGACAGGACA